AUGCACAAGGUGUCUCCUCGGAGAAGAGCCCGGAGCCCCGGGGAGGCGGCGCGGAGCGAGCCGGGCAGGGCUGGCGCCACCCGGGCGGGCGAGCGCUGCGGUGCGCUCGGGGACCGGCGGGGCUCGGCGGCGGAGGACCCCUGCGACCCGCUCCUGACACCCCGGCUCCACGCUCUCCUCCGAUUGCACGGACCUCCCCCCACCCCACCACCACCACCACCACCACCACCGCGACCGUGUCUCCCCCCAACGGAGCCUUUCUAUCGAGAGAAGGUGAGGGAGCUGGGGCCACCAGGACUUUCCCGGGCACCCAAGAUGCGCUCCAUUAGGAAGAGGUGGACCAUCUGCACCAUAAGUCUGCUCCUGAUCUUUUAUAAGACAAAAGAAAUAGCGAGAACUGAGGAGCACCAGGAGACGCAACUCAUCGGAGAUGGUGAACUAUGUUUGAGUCGAUCCCUUGUCAAUAGUUCUGAUAAAAUCAUUCGAAAGGCUGGCUCUUCGAUCUUCCAGCACUCUGUAGAAGGUUGGAAAAUCAAUUCCUCUUUGGUCCUGGAAAUAAGGAAGAACAUUCUUCGUUUCCUAGAUGCGGAAAGAGAUGUCUCAGUGGUCAAGAGCAGUUUUAAGCCUGGUGAUGUCAUACACUAUGUGCUAGACAGGCGCCGGACACUAAAUAUUUCUCAGGAUCUUCACAGCCUCCUACCUGAAGUUUCACCAAUGAAAAAUCGCAGAUUUAAGACCUGUGCAGUUGUUGGAAAUUCUGGCAUUCUACUCGAUAGUGAAUGUGGAAAGGAGAUUGACAGUCACAAUUUUGUAAUAAGGUGUAAUCUAGCCCCUGUGGUGGAGUUUGCUGCUGAUGUGGGAACUAAAUCAGAUUUUAUUACCAUGAAUCCAUCAGUUGUACAAAGAGCAUUUGGAGGCUUUCGGAAUGAAAGUGACAGAGAAAAAUUUGUGCAUAGACUUUCUAUGCUGAAUGACAGUGUCCUUUGGAUCCCUGCUUUCAUGGUCAAAGGAGGAGAGAAGCACGUGGAGUGGGUUAAUGCAUUAAUCCUUAAGAAUAAACUCAAAGUGCGAACUGCCUAUCCAUCAUUGAGACUUAUUCAUGCUGUCAGAGGUUACUGGCUGACAAACAAAGUUCCCAUUAAGAGACCCAGCACAGGUCUCCUCAUGUAUACACUUGCCACAAGAUUCUGUGAUGAAAUUCACCUGUAUGGAUUCUGGCCAUUCCCUAAGGAUCUGAAUGGAAAAGCUGUCAAAUAUCAUUACUACGAUGACUUAAAAUAUAGGUACUUUUCUAAUGCCAGUCCUCACAGAAUGCCAUUAGAAUUCAAAACAUUGAAUGUGCUACACAAUAGAGGAGCUCUGAAACUAACAACAGGAAAGUGUGUAAAGCAAUAAAGCACAUUUGAAAACAUACAAACUGAAUACGCACUUCUUUUCUGAAGAUGCUUCCUAAGAUUUGAAAAUAGGAUCCAAAACAAGACAGAGUUUCAGCAUCCACCAAGUAUCUGCAAGGUGAUAAAGGAUAUUUAUGAGAAAUCCGCUACCAGCUGAUGAAAUACCUGCAAAGUGCUCUAAAAAACACAUAUUUUGACUUCAAGGGUCCUAGUAAGUGCCACUUCCACUAAGAACACAGUUUGAAUGUAUAAUCAGUAGUGUUUACAAGAUCCAACCAUGCACUUGUCAUUAGUUAAUGAGGCAAAUAUGUUCAUCACUGUUGGGCUGCCACGGCAACACCAAGCACAUUAGGAGAGUAACCCAGGAACACAACUCAGCCCUGGGGAUUAAACCAUCCUUGUCAGCAGAAAUCGAGAUGGAAAUAGUUUGAGCAGUGAAAUCCAUAAGAUGAAACAACUCAAGUAAAUGCCUUCAGUCAGGACUCUGAGUCUGAUCAUGAAUUUUGUGUUUUGUUUUUUGUUUUUGUUUUUGUCUUCUGGAAUCUCUUUCGGUUUGGGUAUUGGGUGCUUAGAAAUCCUUUCUGAGAUAAAUAUGAAUGAGAUAAAUAACCUUCAAGGAAUCAUUUUUUAAAGUUCUUGUAUUUUUAAAAAGCAGUCACAUGAUGACUUUGUGAAAGAGUUUUAUUUUGCACAACUCCAAACCUCCAGAUUUUUUUCCAGUGGUGUAGAAGGUACCAGCUAAACUGUACCACUCAGUAAUUUUGAGCCAUUCUAAAGCAAAGAGUUCUAUGUCAUCUGAGAUGGUAACAUUAGCAGGAAAAAAGAAAGUCCUUUUGGUACCAAAGAUUGUACUGAUGUUUCUACACAACAAACCAUUCUCCUUUCAUGAAAAUAAUAUAUUAAUAUAUUAUGCUACUAGUAUGGAAGUUGUCUUUAGAGAUAUUAAAUUCUUCAAACUCAAACCUUAUUUUUAUUUGGAGGAAGACUUCCAUAGCUUUUACAUUUCAUAAUAAUUUUGUGGAAGCAUUUUGCCCUUUAGAUAAAUGUUAGACUGAUAGGGCUGAAAUGAGACUUCCAGUUCUUUGAUACUCCCCCUAUUAUUCAAAUGGAAAGAUUGGCAUUCUCUUUAUGUCAUUGUUAAAUUUUCUUAGUGCAGAAAUAACAUGAUCAAUCGAACGUUGCUUCCAUAAUAGAUGAUUAAUUUUAAGAGGUUUAAUAAUGAAACUGUGUGUCAGUAUUUUGCACUUCCAGUGAAUUAAAUUAACCAAUAUUUUUUUCCUGUGGUUAAAUUUAUUCACAUUAUCACAUUAAUGUGUUUUCAAAGAAGCACAUGAAAUUAUUAAGAAAAUGAUUCAAAAAGUUUUAACAUGUGAUAGACUUGACCAAUAGGCCAGUUUUCUGUUAACUUAAGCUACACUGGUAGAUAGUCCUAAUGGUAAAUUGUUUAGAAAGCAGAAGUACUGUGUUCCCACUUCUAUUCUUGGUCUGAAACACUUAGAUGACUUCUUGUUUCUUAGGGGAGGCAGUCUGAGGAAAGGAAAAAAAAUAGCGUGGGGAAUAUGUAUGUUUUGUUUCUUAGGGAAGACAGUCAAAAAAAUAAUAAAUAGCAUGGAGAUUAUAUAUAUCUAUGUUAACAUAGAAAAGGAUGUUCACAGUAGGACAGUUCUUAAUAUAUUAAUAAUAUGUAGUAUUAUUUUUUAAAAUAUAAGAGAACCUUAGGUUUCCGAAUACUAUUUUUUAGAAUUCAUGUGUCUCUAAGAAAACAAAAAGAAUGCAUAAUGGAGAUGCAUAGCUAAAAAUGGACAGAACAUGAUGCACUUUUAUCAUUAACCUCUGAUCUAUUGGAAAUCUUAAAAUAAUUAGGCACAUAUUCUGAAUGUAAAUUUGAAAAGUCUGAUUUAUUUAACAAAUCCAAAGUAGGUGAUUUAUAGAAUCUUAAUUUUUACUAUAUUUACUAUUUGUGGGUAAGUUGUUUGAGCAGCCUUUAAUCUGAAUUCAAUAAGAAAUCUGAAGUCACAUGUAAAUUCUGAUAGGUAAAAUCCAUCUCAGAACUCAUUCAAAGUAUGUCUUUAAAAGCAGCAGCAAGGAACCUUGCCAUUUUUCCUGCAUCAUCAACAAAUGUGUUUAAACAAUUUCAAGGCCACAGCAAAAGCAUCCCAGCCACUCACUGUUUUGUGCAUUAAUGUUUAUCUCAUAGAUGCAUUGAGUAGUGCCUUUUUAGCUUCGCAUUGCUUUGUUAACCCUAUACUUUGUGUUCUCUAAAUAAAUUGCCCAGUUCUGAAAAUGUUCAGCAUAUAAAAAGGGCUUCAGUAUCGACUGAGACUACUUUUGUUCAUCUCAGGGAACUUUCAAUACUCAAGAAUGAAUUCAAUUAAAGGCAUUUCGCAUUCAAAGAUAACAAAUUGUACAAGACCAUUUCACUCCCUAUUGUAUACCUUUCCAUCCACACCCCGCCCCCCACCUUCACAAGCUACUGUGGCCUUCUUACAGGGAUGAGGCAAGGAGAUCCCUGAAGGCUAAAUAGCAAGGAUAAGAAGAAUAAUUCCAUUUAACCCAGAAGGGGCCAAGAGGGAUCAUGAUAGAAUCAAAUUAUAAAUACAUACUUGAAACAUCUUUUUUUUUCUUUUGAGACUACCAUAUGUUCACAGCUUUAAUUUUUUUUUGUUUCUUUUUCAUGAUUUACCCCCGUACCUGGCAAUGCUCAGGCAGCCGAUUGUGAAAUAUUCUUGUCCUUUUGAGAACAUAGUUGUUACUGUGCUGUUGACAUGAAUAGGCCAUGGAAACAUUUUCAUCAUUAUUACACAGCCUGUUCUAUAUUUAAUAUUAAGUUGCUGGAAUUUAAAAAAAAUGAAUCAGUAACAGAUUUUCUGGGCAAAUCAAGUGAUUCAGCCCACAGGACUGAUGAAAUUACUGUGGAAGUUUUUCUGUCUGAAAGAAGGUGCUGGGCAUUCAAAUGUCUUUAUGUAUUGUAUAUCAUAUGAAAUGUAUAUCAAUUGCUAAUGGGAAUUUCUACAUAUAUGCUUACAUAAGCAAUUUAUUUAAAUAAUGCUAUGGGUAGUGUACAUACCAACUAGUUAUUAAGCUUCUACGCAGGACAAGGGUGAACAAAGUAAUUUAUUUCUAAUUGAGCCAGUUAGUCAUAAUGCUCACGAUGUGGUUUUUGGUUCAUAAGAGUUGUUUUCAUGUGCUUAUUGUUGGGAGUAUCUAUAAUUGUGGAAGAAGUAUAGGGAGAGUUAUGUAUAGUUAGUUGUUACCUCUACAAGUCUGAAAGUUUCCCCAUUAGACCUUAUCAAUAUACCAAUGUUUUAAAAACUGAGUGAGAGAGGAUUAUUGUUCAUAUUUGAUUAAAGAAAAUCCAAAUAAAGCCCACCUAGAAAUAGACAUUUUAUUAUAUAUGUGCUAUAGAUAUAUCUAUAUAGUACAAAUAGACACGUGUGAUGCAUAUAUACGAUGUUAUAUAUGUGUGUCUGUGUUACACACACAGAGUCUGUAAUAUACACACACUAGAUUUGUGUCAUGCUAACAUCUUCAGAGGCUGUACUGUUAAGCGUUCUGGAGAUAAGAACACUUUAGAAUAAAGAAGUUCUUUUGAGACUUCAGUUACUAACCUGCUUUAAGAGGGAUCUACUUUAUAACUGAAUUCUAUUGUUCAUACCUAAAAGAGUUUCAGUAAGGGUCUAGUAUGGCCAAAUCUUAAAAAAAAUUUUAAAAAAAGCAAAAAAAAGAAAAAAAAGAAAAGAAGAAAAAAAAAGAAAAAAAAAAGAAAGAAAAAUUAACAAUUAAAAAUUAAAAAAAGUUUUCAAGCUGGAAAUGUAUGUGAAUGACAGUUUUCAGAUUGUGGCUCCCAGGCCCUGUGUCUCCCACUUAAGUAGCACCUUUUAAUAAAUACUGUUUCUUUGUGUAGGCAAAAGCACAAGUGUUUCCAAUGUAUAUAGCAGGAAAAAGAAAAAAAAGAGUUUACAGAGAUAGCACUGCUGCACAGGAUAAUUGCUACUGAGUAUUUCUUAUAUCAUUUGUGGAACUGAAAGAGAAGAUUUAUUCCGUCAAGUUCAUUCUGUUCAACACUGUUUCCUAUUGUUUAUGUACAGCAACUGGGUGUUAUUGUUUUAUCAUUUGUAAAAUUGUAAAAUAAAUUAAAUCUCCCUUUUUUUUUCCAA